ACGCAUCCCGGCCACCUCGUGCUCGACAUCGAGUACUCCGUACCAACUCGGCUAUUUUACGAUUGCUCCUCCAUCUUGUCCAUCUUCUUGACUGCUAUAGACGACGGCCACGAUUCUCCUCCGCGCCUCCCUAAAGCACUCGCCCUCAUUUACCCCACUGUCACUCGCUAAGCCGGCUCCUCCUUCCCUUUGUCUCAUGAGCGGUUCGGUAUCGAAACGGUCGCAUGCCAUCUCAGCUGCCUGACAAAGGUACUGCGGAGGUCUUGAUACGUUCAACCCCAUUCCACGCCGCCUUAAAAAAGCAUGACCAACACCACUUGAAGACCCUUUCAGGAGUCCGCUUCUUUGCCCUACUGCCGUUCAUGUCGAGCCUGCGAGGGAAACAUAACGAUCACCUCCUGUUCUCCUUUUGACCAGAGCACUCUAACGACCGACAUGAUUUCUGACGAACAUUAUGACCUCUGUCGUCCUAUUCUGGACGACAGUACUAUAGAAGAAGAAGAUAAGACCGAGCGUUUGGAAGAUCUCCUCAGCAAAGAGGCAGGACUGAGUGGGACCACCCUAGAAAAUGCCGUCCUGAAUGCGCUAUGGAAACAUCGAAAUGCCCAGCGUGGGGAGACAUCGGACACUCCUCUGCGACACCACGUUAUUCGCAAAUCAUCUCCAGCACCGUGGCAGGCUAGGGCCCCAACACCUCUGGGCUCCCCUCCGCCCCUCUCAUCGAGUCCAGCUCUAUCAGUGGGAUAUCCAGUUUCGCGACCCAGCUUUUCUCGCCAGAAGUCCAGCGUACAGUCUCCGUUUGCUUCUCCUCGGCCCUCUCCAAGACUGGCGCUAGCGCAGCCUAUACCUCACAGCCCAAGUCUGAAUGCUUAUGAAUUUUCUGAUGCCAGUCCCGCCCCAGACAUCUACGGCGACUACGGCCAUGAGAACGUGGAUUGGCUGUUGGCUGAUGAAACGGCAAGCAACGCCUCUUCUACUGGUGGUCUCAGCGCCGCAGCCCCCGAAUGGGCCCCUCAGCCUGAUAUGAGUCCAUACGAUAUUCUCCGCUCCGUACUGGGGGAUCGGAAGGCUGACGAGGAGAUUGAAGAUGCUCUCAACAAAAACUCCUAUGAUCUUGGGGCCACCAUAGCUUCGCUGCUCGGCACCGAUACUGCCGAUGCACAAUAUACGGCCGUGCCCAACAAUGACACCAAUGUGUUGGUGGGAAAGUCUAUGGCUACAAAUCCCGUGCGCCCUUCAACGCCUGGUUCAGCUAAGAGUCCUGUCGUUUGCAAAUACUGGCUAGCAUCAGGCUCGUGUUUACGUGCUGACUGUCGAUUCGCACAUGACACUAGUGGCUAUCUUUGCAAGUAUUGGAUGAAUGGAAAUUGCCUAGCAGGCGAUGCUUGUCAGUUCUCUCAUGAUCCUGCACUUGUGCUCAAUCAGCUCAGCGUCAAUGAGAAUGCACAACCUCAAGCAUUCCAAGUCCAAGACCAGUAUGACCAAUUUCCCACUCUGUCGGCUCAGAACGCGAGAAGCACACUCCAAGCCGGACUAGCGGCAGGCAACACUUUUGUUCCUAGCGGCCAGAAGCCUCGAAAUGCGUUGGGCAAUUUUGGCCCCGCUUCACGGCCUCAUUCUCGUCCUAGCUCUCGCCAUCAAAAUCGACCUGAGACACCAUCUUCCCUUGCCAUGGAUGAUAAUGAAGCUUUUCCAGCGUUGGGAUCCUUGAGCGCGAAGCGUGCAAAGCAUCAUGGACACCGGUCAAGACAUGGCCAUGUCAUCGAGAAAGACACGCCCUCCUCCCUUGCUGAUGUCGUUCGCAUGUCUCCCUCGCCAGUACCAGGCCAGACACGCAAAGCUGAGGCUGCGCGGAAGAUCAGAACCUAUGGCGGUUCAGAAAGUGCCGCUGCAAAGAGAAUACCAGAGCCCCAACAUAUCCCAUGGCUUGAGACUGGCGCUCAUGCUAACCAGCAGUACCUGAAGUACAGACAGGAGGCUAUCAAGCAUGGCAGCGUCCGCAACAAAUUCUUACAAAGUGCCGCGCAAGCUUGGAAUCGAAAUGACGCACGAGCGGCAAAGGCCUUAUCACUUCGAGGACAAGCCGAGAAUGAUGCCAUGAGAAAGGCACACCGAGAGGCAGCUAGAGCUUUAUAUGACGAACGCAAUCCGCAUCUCACGUCGACUGACGACGCCGAUGAACUAUACGUCGAUCUGCAUGGUCUGCAUCCCGAAGAAGCCAUUGAGUAUCUCGAGAACAUCCUCCUCGUCCAAUACGAGCGGGGUCGGAGGAUCGUUUACGCCAUCACCGGAACUGGCCACCACAGCAAGAAUGGCAAAGACAAAGUUGGCAAAGGCGUGCGCAACUGGUUGAACGAGUGGGGAUACACAUUCCGUGAGUUCAGCGUGCCUGGCGAGAGAGGCGGAUACAUUGGAGGUGUGCUUGGAAUAGAUAUUACGAGUCACAGACGGCAGCCCGUCUCAGCGGAUAGCGACUCAAAGGAGGGAGAUAAUUCUCCUAUACCAGCAGUUGUGGCGACUAUUGGGGGGAGAAUAUCGGUGCUCAAACGUGAGGAGGUGCCGGCUUGAGUUGCGUGCAAGAGCUUCGCGACGGGCUUUCAGCAUGGGCUGAAGCAUGCACGCAAUGUACCUUGGAAGUGGUAUAUCUGCGACGUCGGAAUUUCCCGAUAGCAGGGUAUGCUAGCCGCAGACUUGGUUGCGGCACAACACAUGCUACAGUAGGAUACAACAAGAUCUUCUCCC